AUGGCAUUUGAAAUAGCAAAAGAAGCAUGGGAUAAGCUGAGAGAGGAGUUCAUGGGAAGUGAUACAACAAGGAACAUGCAAGCGAUGAACUUGAGGAGAGAAUUUGAGAUGUUGAGAAUGCAGGAAGUUGAAAAAGUAAAAGAUUAUGUGGAUAUACUUAUGAGUGUGGUUAAUAAGGUCAGGUCACUUGGAGUAGAAAUGACUGAUAAGAUGAUUGUUGAGAAGGUGCUAAUGAGCUUGCCCGAGAGACUACUAACUAAAGCAGUCAAGAACCAAACCCAGUUGAAGCUUGGAGUGGAAUUAAACCAGCAAUGGAACCUGAGGAUAUUUGGGAGUAUAUGCUGUGUCAUGGUUCCAACAAGCAAGAGAACUAAGCUGGAUGACAAGGUUGAGGUUGGUAUCUUCAUAGGAUACAGUAGCCAAUCCAAAGGUUACAAAGUUUACAUCCCUGAGUCUAAGAAAAUUGUGAUUACAACGGAUGUAAAGAUGGAUGAAACUACAGUUUGGAAUUGGGAAGAGAAGAGAAUAGAUGAGGGAAUUAAGCCAAGGCAGGAAGAGACAAUAGGGGAAUUGAUCCAAGAGGCAGAUUUUGAUGAAGAGGAAAAACCUUCAGUGAGAGGGACGAGAUCUUUAGCUGAAGUGUAUGAAAGGUGUAAUUUGGCUAUGGUUGAACCUUGGAAUUACAAUGAAGCUGCAAAGUUAGAAGUGUGGAAGGCUACAAUGUUGGAUGAGCUUUCCAUGAUAGAGAAGAAGAACACCUAG